AUGUCGUUCUUGGGUUAUAUAGCUCUGCUCUUUUGUUGGAUGUAUUGUACUGCAGAAAAAGCUUGUAACGAACCUCCUCCUAGGAGGGUUAAAGAAGUGCCUACUGAAAUAUGGGACAAACCUCCCUAUCCACAUGGUACUCAAGUGACAUACGUAUGUCGGCCUGGGUAUAUAAAACUUGGACGAAUUCUGUUUGAGUGCACUGAUGGAGCAUGGAAGCAACGUCUCCCAGGGGCAGAAUGCAGAAAUAAGCCCUGUGGACAUCCUGGAGACACAGAGUUUGGUUUCUUUGAACUUACCAGUGGAAGUGAAUUUGUAUUUGGUGCCAGAGUUGAGUACAGAUGUAAUGAUGGAUACCAGAUGCUCAGCCAAAGAAAUUACCGUGAGUGUCAGGCAAAUGGAUGGAGCAAUGACAUUCCUCACUGUGAAGUGGCAAAGUGUUUACCUGUACAAGCACCAGAAAAUGGAAGAAUAAUUAUGACUGGUGCAUUUGAGCUAGGCCGAGAAUAUUCCUUUGGCCAGGUUGUAAAUUUUGAAUGUAAUGCAAAAUACAGGCUUGUUGGAUCUAAAGAAAUAAUUUGCUCCUCUAAUGGAAAAUGGAAUAGUGAUGUGCCUCAGUGCCAAGAGAUUAUCUGUAAUGUGCCAAAAAUUCUGCAUGGAUAUGUGCGUUCCCCUAAGAGGUCUUACAAGGAAUCUGAACAGCUACAAUUUGCCUGUGAUGAAGGAUACAGAUAUGGUGAAAGAGCAGAUGUACGAUGUACUGAAUCAGGAUGGAAUCCAACACCCUAUUGCACUGAAAUUGUAUGCUCUCCUCCAAGAAUUCCUGAUGGGAACUUCAGACCUCAGAAAGACAACUACGUAGUAGGUGAUGAAAUCACAAUACAGUGUAAUCUUGGAUAUCAUUUUAGAACAUCAACUGGCAAAAGCACAGCUGAGUGCACCAAGAAUGGCUGGGUGCCUGAUCCAGGCUGUGUCCAGAAACCAUGUGACUACCCAGCUAUAGAAAAUGGCAAGUUAAGUGGAACGCUGGAGUACUACAGAGACUAUUACUUUCCAAUGAGACUUAAGCAGCAUGCUGAUUACUACUGCAAUAAUGGUUAUUCAACCCCAACUGGAGACUACUGGGUUCGAAUGGUCUGCUCUGAAAUGGGCUGGUUUCCAGAGCCAAAAUGCCUCAAAAAAUGUCAUGUCAGACAGCUGGAAAAUGGUUAUUUCUCAUAUAGCCAGAAGAAUGUUUACAAGGAAGGUGACAGAGUUAAAUAUGUCUGCAAUGAUGACUAUUAUACUGAACAUGAAGAUGGGGAAGUCACAUGCACAAAGGAUGACUGGUCACCUCCUCCAAGAUGUAUCCGUAAAAAAAAGUGCCAGAAUAUCAAUUUUGACAAUGGUUAUUUCACCUUGGGAAAGAAAACAUUUCAUUUACAGGAGGAGGUCAUCUAUAGAUGUCAUACUGGCUUUGUAACUCCAGAGGGACAUGAAACAGGAGCAAUACAGUGUCAAGAAAAUGGCUGGACUCCACUUCCAAAGUGCAUCAAAUCAUGUAAAACACCUCACUUGGAUAUUUUGAAUUACCACAAAAAUAAAACUAUGUUCCUGCCUGAAGAGACAAUUGAGUAUGCAUGUUUGGAGGGAUAUCAAACUGCAAAUAAUAUGCCAACAGGUACCACAAGGUGUGGCACAAAUGGUCAAUGGAGUCCAACGCCCCAGUGUCUUGCAAUACAAUGUGAAAUGCUGACAUUAUCCAAUGGAGAUUUUUCUCCCAAGAAGGGUAAAUACCGAAAUGGAGAUGUUGUGAAAUUUACUUGUGCAAACAAUUACUUAAGAGUAGGACCUGCCUCUACUCAGUGCUAUUACUUUGGAUGGUUUCCAUCAGCACCAGUCUGUAAAGCGAACGCCAGAGGCUGUGGACCUCCACCUGAGAUUACCAAUGGAAGUAUUGCUGAUGGCUCUAUGGAACAGUAUCAGCAUGGGGACAUAAAGCAAUACGAAUGCAACAUCGAAUUUAAAUUGGUUGGAUCAAAGGAAAUAGAAUGUGUUGAUGGACAAUGGUCAUCUCCUCCCUCUUGCAUCGAAGACAAAAUGUCAUGUGGAUCACCUUCUGCUAUUCCCAAUGUUGUUCUUCAUCAGGAAGACCAGACCCAGUUUUCACACGGUGAUGAAGUAAUUUGUGGAUGUAAACGAGGGUCUGGCAAUUUUAAGGAAAUGAAAAUAAAAUGUCUUAAUGGGGAAUGGAAGCCUUUACCUCUUUGUGCAGAUCCAUCUCCUCGGUGUGUAAUUCCAAUGAAUAUUGAGCUUGUGCACAAUGAUCAUCUUUCCAAGCCAAGAAAGGAAACUAGGUUUCAUAGGAUUAUACGUUAUACAUGUACAUCAGCUGACAAAAGUAUUAAACAGGCAACUUGUGUGUCUGGAAAAUGGUCACCAGAGAUUGAAUGUGGAG